AUGCACACGUUGUACGUAGAAGACGACAGCUUUCGCGUCACACGUGAAGGCUUCCCCCAUCCGAGUGACUCAGAAUGGGAGGUAGUCGGCCGCAUGAGUGUGCUCAUGGGCGAACCCGCCAUCAGUGGUAUGUUGGAGUCUCUAAGCAGAGACCAGCAACAUGCUGCUAUCAGCAAGUUCCUACAAGGGGAACUUGCCGUCGAAAGACAGAAGAUAGUAUUGCUACAGCAGCAAGGCUCUCAUCAGUCGAUGGGCGGACCGAAGCACAUGCGUCGACCCGAAACCUUGAAGAUUGACAUCUUAAGGUACAAGGUAACCGACGAAGAUUCCCUUUUGAGAUGGUUCGUCGAGUUGGACGACGCCAUCAGGGCCCGUCUCAUCCAGAGUGACAAGGUGCAAGUCACCUUCGUCUUGUCACACUUGACAGGACGAGCAAAGCCUUGGGCUUUGGGGCUCAAGCUUCACGAUCCAAACGUGUUUGAGUCGUUGGAGAUAUUGAAAUCUCGGCUCAAAGACACGUUUGAACCGCCGAGAGCCGAGAGCAGAGCACGCUCUGCAACCCGAAGGCUCAAAAAUUUUUAG